AUGCCAGUGAGAUCCCUGUUUCCGCUUGGACGUGAUCGGCACAUUGACUUGUCGCAGCCGACACAGACUGAUAUCCUGGUCAUCGGCGGUGGCCCCGCUGGCUCUUACGCUGCCAGCGCUCUAGCCAGAGAGGGCUUCAGCGUGACACUUCUUGAGAAAGAUUUCUUCCCGCGGUAUCACAUCGGCGAAAGUAUGCUUCCCUCUUGUCGGCCCUUCCUCCGCUUCAUCGGGGCUGAAGAGAAGCUCGUGAAGCAUGGCUUCACGGUGAAGGUCGGGGCGGCUGUUAAACUGAAUCAGCACAAGCGCGAAGGAUACACGGACUUCAUCACUCCAGACCCAGAAAAAGCGGCUUUCAAUGUUAUCCGCUCGGAAUUCGACGAGCUUCUCCUCCGUCACGCGGCCUCCUCUGGUGCCAGGAUCUUCGAGGGCGUAUCCGUCUCCUCGAUCGGAUUUGCGGCAAACCAACCGGUGUCAGCGGAGUGGACGCGGAGAGACUCCUCGCAGCUGCACACCGAGAGCCGGGGAACGAUCAAGUUUACCUGGCUUGUAGACGCCUCGGGCCGUAACGGAAUUAUGUCCACGCGGUAUCUGAGGAACCGCAAGUUCAACCAAGCGCUGAGAAACGUUGCGUUCUGGGGCUACUGGACCGGUGCGGGCGUCUACCAGCCUGGGACAAGGCGUGAAAAUGCGCCCUGGUUUGAAGCUUUGACAGACGAAUCGGGCUGGGCGUGGUUCAUUCCCCUCCAUAACGGAACUGUGUCGGUUGGUGUCGUCAUGAAUGAGGAAGCGAGCCGUGCGCGCAAAACCGCGCCCACAUCUGUCAAGGAGCACUAUCUCGCUCAGCUUCCAUUGGCGCCCGGUCUAGUUCGGCUGCUGGGCAAAGCACAACUGGCCAGCGAGAUCAAGUCCGCUGGAGACUACAGCUAUGCCGCUUCUGCGUAUGCCGGCCCGCAUUUCCGCAUUGCUGGCGAUGCUGGAGCGUUUAUCGACCCAUUCUUCUCUUCUGGGGUCCACCUCGCGUUUACCAAUGCCCUUUCGGCUGCGGCGACCAUCGCAGCUUCAAUACGCGGUGAGUGUUCCGAGAGUGAAGCGGCGCGGUUCCAUAACGAGAAGACCGGAACGUCCUAUACGCGAUUUCUGCUUGUGGUCCUAAGCAUCUACAAGCAGAUCAACGCGCAAGCAGCUCCGGUGCUCUCUGACAUCGAAGAGGACAAUUUUGACAGAGCGUUUGACUUCCUACGACCCGUCAUCCAAGGCACCGCCGACUCGGCUCACAGCGCGACCGAGCUCACAGAAACUACAAUCCAGCGCACCAUGGACUUUUGCUCGCAUGCACUGGGCCCCACGACCCCCGAAAUGGCGGCUUCCGUCUCGCAGCGGGUUCCGCACGCGCUCCUCGCGCCGGACGGCCCGCUGCUCGCGACCCAGGACGUCGUGCAGCUCGCGGACGGCGACGACGAGGCGAAGCACGUGCUGUGGCGCGUCAACGCACGCAAGGCGGUCGAUGGGAUAUACGACUGGGAGCGCAACUUCCGGAGCGAGAAGCUGGGCGGGUGGGUCGUUAGGCUGGAAACGGGCAGGCUGGGGUUGGUGAGACAAGGGUAGUGUCGUCAUCGCCGAAUCAGCAUUAGACAGAGCGAACAAAAU